UCGGAAUUAGUCCAUCCUCAGCUGGGAACAAGAAGUUUGAAUGCUCGACUACAUCCGGCGCCGCCCGCCUCUACCCUGCCCUAUAAGUAACUUCGACACCCGGCGGUCGAACCAGAAGCAAGCGACAAACAUAGAAAAAGAGCUAUAGGGCAAGCUAGCAUUCAAUUUGAAACCAAAAAGGUUUGAGAAAUGAGCGGUAGCUUUCUGAGGAGCGGCGGCAUGAGAGCCCGCGAACUUCUCCGUCGCUCCCGUGUCCCGGUUUCUUCUAGCUUUGCGCAACGGCCUAGGGCUUACGUACGCUCAUUUCCGGCCGCGGCAAAGGUCAGCCAAGACUCGUCUUCUCAUCUUUCCCCAGCCGUAUCCUCUUUUCUAUCAUCAGCCGCUUCCAGGAAUGGGUUCGUGAGUUGGUAUCUAGGGAUGAUCGAAGCACGACCUAUUUUGACGAAGAGCAUAACAUCCGGAGCUAUAUUCAUCGCUGCCGAUAUUUCGUCGCAGGUGGUCACUCUUCCAGCUUCAGAUUCUUUUGAUUGGAUACGAACACUUCGUAUGGGUAGUUAUGGGACGCUAGUUGCUGGUCCAUCAUUGCAUCUAUGGUUCAAUUUUGCUUCAAGAAUUAUCCCAAAACGAGAUGUAAUCAGUACACUGAAGAAAAUAUUUAUCGGGCAAACUUGCUUUGGACCAAUUAUGACAUCCAUUUUUUUCUCUGUGAAUGCUGGGCUACAAGGUGAAUCUGCUGCUGAAAUUUUGGCCAGAUUGAAGAGAGACUUGCUACCAACUUUAUUGAACGGCCUAGCCUACUGGCCCAUCUGCGACUUUGUUACCUUCAGAUUCAUCCCUGUUCGGCUACAGCCUUUGGUUAGCAAUUCAUUCUCAUUUCUGUGGACCAUUUACCUCACAUACAUGGCAAGUUUGCAGAAGGCAUCGCCUCCUCAUAUUGCAGCCAACUGACCUCAACGCCAUGCCUGUAUUUUCUGCUCUAUAGCUCCUCAGAUUAGUGGCCUUCCAAUUCUUUGCAUAUUUUUCAUUAUUGGAUAAUUAGAAAUUUCAUUUUGUCCAGGUUUAGGUUACUUUUCACUUGGUGGGGUACUUUAUGUAUGUAUUUGACUUAAUGCAAUUUUGCAGUUUCUCUUUUCUGGGAAAUUUAUGUAGUAAGCUACUUUUUCAAUCUUUCUUUGCGGGAAAUGUAUGAGUAUUUUCUAUCAAUGAAAUUCUAGACUUAC